UGCCUCAUUUCAACAGAGCCUGGCUUGCGCAGCAUAGGAGCUUGGUUCGUCUUACUGUCAUGGCGGACAGGUAUCCGAGGUCCUCGACUGACCAAGAGAUAGCACCUCUUCUUCAAGACCCAGAUAUAGAAGAGCAGAAUACAGAACCAGAAACCCCGACUCUCUCUGAGCGCCUCAAUGCUGUUGCUCAAGAACCCCUCACUCCUCUCACCAAGAUACUCCUGGUCCUCGUGUUGGUAUUAUUGGUCCUCAGCUCGGUAUUCAUUGGACUGUUUGCCGGUCUCCAGCACAAGCUGAACGUGGAGCGAGGACGCCAUGGCCAGCCAGUACCACCGUCACCACCCAUCACCGCCACAUUGACCCAGACAAAGACCGCAACUUCAGCAAUAACGACAACGCAAACAAAUACUCAGACCGUUGCCCCACCUACCCCGACCAAGAUUCCCGAAGAGCCUGUCUGCAUUUCGUCUGAUUGCAUUAUCCUUUCGGCUUCUAUUCUUUCUUCUCUCGACACAUCUCAGGAUCCCUGCGAGAAUUUCUAUGAAUACGUCAACGGCGGCUGGCUCAAGGCCCAUCCGUUACCUGCUGAUAAGGGAAGCUUCGGAAACUUCGAACAACUGGCUCAAGAUAAUGGACAUGUGAUACAAGCCAUCCUGGAAAGUAGCGGAGAACCAAGCCUCCAGUCCUCGUCUCAUGACAAGGAAGUUCUGCAAAAACUUCGCGGUUUGUACAACUCAUGUCUAAAGGAAGAGAGAUUAGACGAAAUCGGUCAAGAGCCUCUGCUGGAAUUCUUACGCACCCUCAAGGACUUGUACCGGCGUAAAAAAACUGAAGUGUCCUCCAAAGAACAGAAGAGGGACGGCUUGACUGAGGCUAUAGCCUAUUUACACUCCCGUCGAAUUGGCGCGUUAUUCGCAUUUGAAAUCGAGGGUGAUGUAGGGGUUGACCCGAAUCAUAUGGUGCUUUGGUUCAACCAACCGGAGCUGGGCCUUCCUUCAAAGGAAUAUUACGAAGACAAUGACAUCCGUAAAGUGUAUCAAGAGGUUCUUGAAAAGUUGCUCCUUGCUGUGGACGAAGACGGCGACGAUGGUGACGAAAGUUCAUCUCCAUCAACAAAACCAAAAUUGUCCGCCAGCUUGGUUCAGCAAGCCGGAGGGGAUUCUUGGCCCCCCUGGCCCUGGCCACCGUGGGGUGGAAGCGGCGAUGAUGACGAUGGUCCGAAGAAACCUGUCAACCGCACCAAGAGGGCUGGCAAGCUUGCAAAGGGCGUUCUCGAUUUUGAGACCCGAAUCGCUCGGGCCAGUUUGGACUUGGAAAUUCUGCAGGGAGACCCCAUUGCAACGUAUAAUCCCGCCCCUAUUUCCAGCCUGAAGGAAGCACUUCCGCAAAUUGACUUCAAUGACUAUUUUUCAACAUUUGCGCCUCGCACCUAUCCCGAACGUGUCAUUUUGACUUCUCCUGAAUUCGCCGGUUUAUUGUCCGACAUUCUGAACGACACAUCUUCAAAUGUCAUCGAGGCUUACCUCAUAGCUCAGGCUGCUCUGAGCCUUUCUCCGCACUUAGGAAUGAACACGGAUGCCUGGAAAGCUCAAAGGACGCUGGCAGAAUCUCUAAGCGGUAUCAAGAAGGGCGCUGUCGGGGAUCGAGCGGAGUACUGCGUUAGGCAGGUAGAGGAGACUCUUGGAUUUGCAGCAGGGCGAUAUUUCGUCAACGAAACAUUUGCAGGAGAGUCCAAACAAAAGGGAACGAAAGUCAUUAACGACAUUGUUCGAGCUUUUGAGAAGUCCCUCAAGAAGGUCGACUGGAUGGAUGAAAAAUCGGCGAAGGCUGCUGCAGAAAAAGCGGAAGCGAUACGAGUUAAAGUUGGAUAUCCACUCUCUCCGGACACAACUGAUGCCCGAUCAAUCGCGUUUUAUUACCGCCUUGUGAAGAUUGACGAUGACAAGUUCUUUGGGAACAUGAUAAGCUCCUUCAUGAGCGAAGAGAUUAAGAAAUGGUUGCAACUGGGACGAGCCAGAGACCCUGAAUCUUGGGAGAUGUAUCCAUCUAUGGUCAAUGCUUAUUUCAAUCCUCCCGCUAACGAGAUUGUAUUCCCUGCCGGUAUCCUCCAGCCACCUUUCUUCGAUAAAGACUGGCCAUCAUAUCUAUCUUAUGGGGCUUUCGGACACGUCGCCUCUCACGAGCUAACGCAUGCUUUUGAUUCUGCUGGUAGAUUGUACAACCAAGCAGGAAAGCUGGAGCAGUGGUGGACCAACUCUACAAGUGAGGGCUUCCAAAAGAAGCAAAAUUGCAUUGUGAAGCAGUACUCUGAAUAUAGCAUUGACGACGGGAAGGGCGGAAAGGUACACGUUAAUGGAAACCUGUGAGUCACUACAUGCCCAACCAUAGGGACGCGUCUAAAAACCUUCACUCCUUAGAACCUCCGGGGAGAAUAUUGGAGAUACAGGGCUGGUUCAGGCGUUCAGGGCUUGGGAGGCUCAGUAUGAGUCCUCUUACAAGGCUGGAAAUGAGUAUCUACUUCCCGGAUUGAACUACUCGAGGGAACAACUGUUCUUCAUAUCUUUCGCUCGCGUAUGGGCACGAAGUAUGAAACCCGCUGCCGCACUUCAGCGUAUCCGGACCGAUCCGCAUUCACCAAACAAUUUCCGUGUCGACGGGACGGUGUUCAACAUACCCCAGUUUGCGAAGGCUUUCAAGUGCUCAGAGAAAGCUAAACUCAACCCACCUCCGGAGAAACAAUGCAUAUUCUGGGGUUGAGAUGCUAGCCAUAAGGUACAAUAGACAACAAACAUCGCAGCG